CGGCCCCCCUCCUCCUUUGCACGCCGCAUCGGGUCAGCCGCUGAUUCAGAUUGUGCAUCGUUGGGGCCACGUACGGUCAUUUUGGCGUCACCAUUACUUGCGUCCCGUUUUUGUAUACGUCGUUCCGUGUUCACCUGCCGCACAUCUCGUAAACAACACACAAAAUGAGUGUCGAGGAGGACGUUAUGAGGAUUCAGAAAAAACUCAGUAAAAUGACGUCAGAAGAUGGAAGUGGUCAGGAACAGGCGCUGGACCUUCUUAAGGAACUGCAGAGGUUGGACAUCAACCUGGAGGUUCUGACCAAGACCCGCAUCGGCAUGACAGUUAAUGCUCUGAGGAAGUCGAGCAAAGAUGAUGAAGUCAUUAGCCUGUCGAAGACACUAAUUAAAAACUGGAAAAAGUUCCUCUCUGGCUCGAACACAAAGGAAUCCUCGAGCAGCUCCUCUAAGUCUAGUAAAAAGGAAGGCAAGGAGGAGAAAAAGCCAGCUAAAGAGGAAAAGGAGAGGGACAAGGAGAGAAAGUUGCCUGCAUCCUUCCCACCAGUCAGUUCCAAUACCACAGACUCAGUUCGCUUAAAGUGCAGGGAAAUGUUGGCUGCAGCUAUCAGCACAGACUCAAAAUCAGAAGAUUUUGAAGGUUGUGCGACGCCCGAGGAGCUGGCCGAAGAACUGGAGGAGGCGAUAUUCUCGGAAUUCAAGAACACGGACAUGCGUUACAAGAAUCGCGUGCGCUCGAGAAUAGCGAAUCUGAAAGACCCGAAGAACCCGACGUUGCGCACAAACUUCCGCGUCGGUGCGAUUUCGGCGUCGCGACUGGCGACGAUGACGGCCGAAGAGAUGGCCAACGACGAGGUGAAGCAGCUGCGCGAAAAAUUCACCAAAGAAGCGAUAAACGAUGCGCAACUGGCCACUGCGCAGGGCACCAAAACCGACAUGCUGAAGUGCGGCAAGUGCAAGAAGAGGAAUUGUACUUACAAUCAGCUGCAGACCAGAUCGUCCGAUGAACCUAUGACAACGUUUGUUUUAUGCAAUGAGUGCGGCAAUAGAUGGAAGUUCUGUUGACUCCAUACUAAAAUAAUCGUAUUACUAUUAUAAAUAUUUUACUAUGCGAUUAAGCUGAUCUGUUUAUAUGUAACAUGGACUUUCGAGAUUUUUGAACGGUUCUAAAUUGAUGUAGCAUAUAGACUGUCUGUCAGCGUGUAGGGUUUUAAUUUAUUGAUUACCUUCAAAAGGGUCUCCUUAUACCAAUGUAUCCUUUUAACUUUGUUUGAUAAUGAAGUAUUAUUACUGACGACUAUUGAAUACUUUUAAAAUUUUAAAAAGGCUUGAUUGUUAUAACGACUCUUUUGGCUUCAUUAGACUCACCUUUGUUGAGCGUGUUCAGUUAUUUUUCCAAUGUUUUUAAUUUUUUUUUAUUCAUUCAUCAUCUUUCUAAACUUGUAUUUGAUGGAUCAUUGUAAAUUGUUUUAAAAAGUACAAAAAUAAAGUUGUCACUUGGUUUUCA